GACAGAGUGGCUGUCAGUCAUAGUUUCCCGUCUCCCUCCUCUCCUCCGCUCGGCUCUGCUCUCUUCUCCUGCUGCCACCAUAUCGGCCCUCAGGGAGCGAGGAAGGCAGCGGGAAGAAGGGUUUUAGGACUAGUUUUUUAAUCUAAAAAAAAAAAAAAGAGUCCUAAAAUGUUGACGUUCCGAUCCACGUUUGUGUUCGUAGCCUGUUGUUUAUGAUCCCGGAGGUGUUUGUGUUUUAUCUUCCGACUUGUUCCGACACGGUGAAAAAAUGGGUCCGACUUUUCAUGGUCGCAUUUUUGUCGCAAACAAAGAAAACCUGUCGAGAAAAUAGUAAACGAGCACAAACAGGACUGCAGGUUAAGGUCCCCCCACCUCAUGGAGAAGGUAGGGAAGGUGUGGAGUAAUCUGAAGAGGGGAUGUCAGUCUCUGCUCCACCAAGAUGGAAGUUCCCGUACCGAAAUGCAACCACAGUCACAAGCAUUUUGUAGGAGUCUGGACCAGACCCAGGGGGAGAGCACACCAGAACUAGCCAGUCAUUCUAACUGCCUAGCGACACACCCUGUAGUGUCCCGUAGGGAUAAUGGCAGUUUGGUACAUCGGGGUCAUAACUGCGUGGCAGAUGUGCCUCAGAUACUGGAGAUCACAGUUGAGCAGGACACUGAAGAUGGGUGUGCUAUGCUUGGUGCCCGCAGAGACUCCUAUUCGCGCCAUGCACCUUGGAGCGGCAAGAAGAGGCACUCGUGCUCCACCAAGGCACAGAGUUCAUUGGAAACCACAGACCGACGGAGUGGGCGCUGUCGCAGGAGACACCUAACAAAUGACAGAGAAGACGAACUCGACCCAGGAGCACCACGCUCACUGCGCCAGCAGCUCCAUGAAACCAUGGGCCUGUGCCUCCCGCUGCGCCUGUCAUCCCGUGGCACCCACGCACGGGUACCCAAGCGCAAGAUCCAGAUCACUGAGCUUAUGCUGGAAACAUGCCCCUUUCCUCCUGGUUCUGAUCUUGCUCGUAAAUGGCACCUCAUCAAACAGCAUACGGCCCCUGUUACAGCUACAGCAGUGGACUGCUCCACAGAUGCCCUUAAUGGUGCUUGUGCCUCUCCAGAGGAUGAGGAGGAACGUUUGCGUGAGCGACGAAGGCUCAGUAUAGAAGAGGGAGUGGAUCCACCACCUGAUGCACAGAUACACACCAUAGAAGCUAUUACAGCUCCAUUGGCUACAGUCUACAAGCUGGGACCUAAACUAGCUCCUGGGAUGGGGGAGGCCUUGGGAGAGAGUCGGGGAGCCACAGCAGUCGACUGUGACUCUGAAGAUGAUGACACCACCACCCUUUGUUUACAGGCUCGCCGUCCGAAGCAGCGCCAUAAUUCAGCAGAGGGCCUCCUUGGUGGCAAGCAGCCAGGGCCCUGGAAAGUACACACACAGAUUGACUACAUCCACUGCUUAGUGCCAGACCUGAUGCAGAUCAUGGCUCUGCCUUGCUACUGGGGUGUAAUGGACCGCUACGAGGCUGAGGCACUGCUCGAUGGCCGGCCUGAGGGCACUUUUCUGUUGCGUGACUCUGCCCAGGAGGACUACCUGUUUUCUGUUAGUUUUCGCCGUUACGGUCGCUCGUUGCAUGCACGUAUUGAACAGUGGAACCACAACUUCAGCUUUGAUGCUCACGACCCCUGUGUGUUUCAUGCUGCCACAGUCACGGCACUGCUGGAGCACUACAAGGACCCCAGCGCCUGCAUGUUCUUUGAGCCUCUGCUCACCUUGCCCCUUCACCGGACUUUUCCGUUUAGUCUGCAGAGCCUUGCUCGGGCCGUUAUCUGCCGCGGGACCACCUACGAUGGCAUUGCAGCGUUACCUUUACCCUCUGCGCUGCAAGACUACCUCAGGGAGUAUCAUUAUAAGCAGAGAGUGCGGGUACGCUGGCUUGAGCGAGAGCUUCUCAAGGCCCAGUGAAACAGAGCACUACUCCUAAUAAAUUAAGAAAGGGGUUUUGGUGUGGGAGGGGGUUACACUGUGUUCCGAGCAACAGGGGAUAUGGGCGCUCUCCCUGAAGAGAAGACCAUUCAGCACUUUGCAAGAGGUUUGGAGGAAAUGUUGUUUUUGUAGGAAAAGGCUUUUGAGGUGAAGGGUAAUCAAUGCAGGAGAGGUGCAAAGGGGCCUGAACAUAAAACCCACUAUAUAAGCGUUUGGGUUUAUUGUUGUUUGUUUGUUAUUAAUCAAAACAAAUACCUAUACAGCUAAAGCAGCCUCCAGUAGACACACGAAAAUGAACUGAAACAGUGGGUUUUUUUUACCUUUCCACCCCAUAUCUCCCAGUGUCUUUUUUUUGCAUUGCAUUGCUUUAAAGAAGAGGAGUCGACUUCUAAAGUGCACUCGUACAUCUCGUCUCUCACUGCUUAGCUACUUGCUUUUACUCUUUUCACUACUUUUAUUCUUUUUCAUAUACUAACAUACAUUUGUGCAGCCCUUCACCUCCACACUUAAUAAUAAUAAAAGACACGUUUUGAGGUCAUGGACAGUUCAUGGACAGUUUUGACAAGAUGGUGUGCCAUGGGCAGAGCUGUGAUCAAGUCAUGUUUACCGAUAAAUCUUUGCAUUCAUGGUGCUCUGUUAGUGGUCCCACAUUUGCAUUCUGUGCAUUCUGCCCUGCCAAGAAGAGUCGAUCAGACAUUGCAGGGCAGGAAACAUAUAGACUUUGGAUCUAUAGCAUUCACAGACAACAAGAGCGGGUCUGUGAAGGAAGGACCCGGUUCAGUACUUUGUGUCCAGACUGCUGUUAUAGAAGGUUCGACAGAAGGUCUCUGACAUUCUGCUUCUUUUCACUUCCACGAAGUGAUGAUGAUGAUUAUGAUGAUGAUGCAUAAUGUGGUUAUAGUGUCAAUCGUGUUAUGUGAUGCAAGUGUGCCUGGUUUUCUAAAAGACAUAGUCACUCUAUGUGUGAAAGUUCCAUUGCUAUCAAUAUGUUUUGUAAUCAUUAAUUCCUACCACUAAUUGCACAGAAAGUGGUGAUAAUUGUAAUUCUGUUUUCUUUGUUUUGUUUUGUUUUAUUGUGGAAUGGACUGUCAGUGCUAAAGGAGAAGGAGUGUGUUAAAGGGCACUAAAACUAAACUGUGCUUAUAUUAGUGGGAGCAGCAGAGGCAAUAUAUAAUCCUGCAACACUGGGACCAUUGUUAAGUAUAAACGUUUAUAUACUGAUAGACACAAAUACACACUAUAAGCUCACCUUCUCUGAUCCACAUUGCACUAGAGUUCUACAUCUUGGUGAUCUUGUCAGUCCUAUUGCAUGGAAUUACUCUGCAGUUUCAGAUUUACACUAUAUGAUAGUUCUCAUAGUCUCAGAGGUCCAGUUCAGCUCCUAAAUGCAAGUGCAAUUCAGUCAGUCCUAUGCUAAUGCUUUAAAUUAAUUGACUUAAACUUAUACAUAUAGACUUUAGGGAGCUUCUCACAUGCUUUUCCCACAGCCUGAAAAUUUGAUGAUUCCUCAAGCAGUCUGCCUACAUAGACCCAUAACUGUCAAUUACUUUAUUUUACAUGACUAACACAUAUUCAAUAUGAACAGCAUUUCUUGCUAAGGGUUGAAAUACAGCUUCAGCAUAUCAAUAUUUUUGCUUACAGCAUGACACAUCAGCAAAGAGAAUGAUGGGGAGUGGAUUGACUUCCUUUCUAAUCCGUCGUGGGUGUAUAUUUGUUUUGUUUUUGUUUUUGUUUUUUUGUCCCUGUGUGCUGUGAAGGAUCAGGUAGAUGUAGUAGUCUGGAAUUGCUUGGAUAUGUUCAGACUUCUGGCACUGACACAGUGUUAAAUCAUCUCUACCUGCUCCUGAUGCACAACACUGCUCCAUCAACUGUAAUCAAGAUGUCUUCCCAUAUUAUGACGUACAAUGGGAGGUUUCCAUUCACAGAGGACAUGUCAAGUCCCGUGUUUUAACGAGUUCUUUGGUCUGACAUUUGGCAAGGUUUGCAAGAUUCCCUGGCUCAUGCUGCCUCAGCUGGAAUGGUGGCAGUGGGGCAGGCCACAGGCUUACCUGAGAACAAUGGGGUCUUUUGAGAGGGCUGGCUGUCCCUCUCACUGCCUGCCUGUAAAGGUGUGUCAUGUUUGGCCUGGCUCCAAGGGUGCUCUCGGUAACUUGAUACAUGUGCACAUUUCAGGCAGACUGUGAAGUUGGGUAAGGGGUUAUGGAGUGGGAUGGGGUGUUGGCACCAUGGUGCUUCUCCCUUCUCUCCACCCCUAGUUUUCUUAGAGAGAUGUACAGGAUAAAAAGUAUAUUGAUACAGAUUUUUAAAUAUUUUUAAUAUUAGCAGUAAAAAACAAUGCUUAGUGGUGAGGUGUUGGAAGGGAAAAUUCGCCAUUUGAAAUGGGGAUUGUCCAGUUCAUGUGUGUGU